GUGUUUACACUUUGCUCACGAACACGAUGACAGAAGUGCACCACCACGGUGGAUUAAUGAAGAUCUUUUCAUUGGGAUUUCGACUUUAAUGGAUUCAAUAUGAACUAGUUUUAGGAAGAGAUUGGUUAUGGAAUUUUCGUUGAUUUCUAGAGUGCGGAGUCCUUCUCUUCUUUCGUUUUCUGCUUCUUGCUCUUCUCCUGCGGGCCGAGGUGGUUGCUUGGACCCCAAGUUCAGUGAGCUGCAGGUGAGGAGGAGAAGGAGCUUCGAUGGGUUUCGGGUUUCGGGCCCAUGCGUUAAGGCUUCGGCAGAGGGGAGUAGCAGUGAAAGGAUUGAGGGUACGCGGGAGGGAGAGAGGAGAGGAUUUGCAGGACCAGCCAUGGAGGUCACGACCUUUAAUCAGAGCUUUGACGAUGCAGAGUUCCCUGUUUGGGAGAAAUUGGGUGCUAUUGUGAGGCUAAGCUAUGGAAUUGGCAUAUAUGGUGCAAUGGCUCUAGCAGGAAGAUUUAUAUGUUCAGUUACUGGAAUUGAUUGCAUGGGAGGUUUUCAUCCAUCACUGGAUGCUAUUUUAGAAGGACUUGGAUAUGCAGCUCCUCCAAUCAUGGCCCUUCUCUUUAUACUGGAUGAUGAAGUUGUGAAAGUAUCACCUCAUGCUCGUGCCAUCAGAGAUGUAGAGGAUGAGGAGCUACGGAGCUUCUUCUAUGGGAUGUCGCCUUGGCAGUUUAUACUCAUUGUUGCUGCAAGCUCAGUAGGGGAGGAGCUUUUCUACCGUGCUGCUGUUCAGGGAGCAUUGGCUGAUAUUUUUCUAAGAGGCACCGACCUGGUAAUUGAUGCUCGAGGAAUUGCAUCUCUGACUGGUGUUCUUCCUCCAUUUGUUCCAUUUGCUCAAGCAUUUGCAGCUGUUCUUACAGCUGUACUUACAGGAUCAUUGUAUUAUGUGGCUGCCUCCCCAAAAGAUCCCACUUAUGUAGUUGCACCAGUCUUACAGUCUCGCUCUGCUCGUGAAGAUCUGAAGAAACUCUUUGCAGCCUGGUAUGAAAGAAGGCAAAUGAAGAAGAUAUACUCUCCUCUCCUGGAAGGUCUAUUAGCCCUCUACCUUGGGUUUGAAUGGAUUCAGACAGACAACAUUCUAGCUCCCAUUAUCACACAUGGAAUAUACUCUGCGGUCAUAUUGGGACAUGGCCUUUGGAAGAUUCAUGAUCACAGGCGAAGACUACGCCAGAGAAUUCAGCAGGUUAGAUUAGAAGGAAGAAAUUCAAACAAAUUAUAGAAGCUGAGAACUAGGCUAUAUGAAGAGGCAUCCCCCUCUCUCCCCUUAUCAAAUUAACAAGGCUGAGAGGAGUCUUAUCAAGGUGUGGAGUUAUGUAUAGAUGUAAAUGAGAAAUGUAUUAUAUGCGAGGACUGUUUGUAUAUGAAAAGCAUGAUAUGUACACAGCAUGGAAUACUCAUUAUAGAAGAGGAUAUGGAGCCCCCUAUGUAUAAAGUAUAAACUAGCAUCUUUUUUGUCAGA